CCGAAGAUAGGAGAUUUAUCCCAUUGACUGAAGAACUUGUAAAAGAAUAUAUUAAAAAUGAAAAAUCCAUUAUAAUAGCGACGAUUUCAUGUAAGGACGAAAUAGAUAACCAAGCAAUAGUUACUCUCGCAAAAGAAGCAGAUCCUUUAGGAAUUCGAACUCUAGGCGUUCUUACAAAACCUGAUAUGAUUGAAGAGGGAACACAUAAUACCUGGUUAAAUAUUAUGAAAGGUGAAGCCAAUCCACUCGAACUUGGAUAUUAUGUCGUAAAGAAUCCAACUAAAUUGCAGCGUAUGAGCAAUAUUGGAUUCGAAGAAGCUAGAUUAGCUGAAAGCGAGUUUUUUGAACAAGAAGAACCGUGGAAUAAUUUUCAUUUACGAGAAAGGGUCGGAGUUAAGAAUUUGCAAAAUAAAUUAUCUGAAUUAUUAAUUAAAGCUAUUAAAAGAGGUCUUCCUGGUAUCCGAAAAGACGUCGAAGAAAAGUUCGAUGAGGCAUGCAAUGGUUUAGAAAAACUCCCAAAGCAACUCUCUAAUAAUCCAGAAAUUGACAUAUUUCGUUUGAUAAAAAAUUGCUCCACGAUUAUCAAAGAAAAAACUACUUGCUCAAAUAAUCAAAUUGAAUUAUGGAAAUCACUCAAUAAUCAAUUUGUACAAUUCAAAGAAGAAUUUUAUGCCUUACGUCCAAUUUUCUCAAUUAGUCAUAGUAAUAGUAAUCCCGGGACAAUUCCUUCAGGUGCUAUGAUUGAUAUACUUGAAGACUUUAUCAAAGAUUGUCCUACGGCCAAAAGUAAUACAAGUACAGAUCAAUUACAACAGCUAACAGAAGCCCAAGUCACUGAAAUAAUUAAAAAUGCUCGUGGAAGACUACUCCCCGGUUUCAUUCCUUAUUCGGCCGCACAAUCUAUUAUCCAAGAAAAUCAGGUAAAAUGGAAAAAACCUGCCAUAAACUGUUUAAAUGCUGUUUAUGAGAUUAUGAUAAAAGAAGUAAAUGAGACUAUAGAAAACACCUUUUCAAGAUUUCCUGGUCUAGUUGAACGCAUGGUAUAUAAGACGCAAACCUGGCUAGAAGAAUGUAAAAAACAAACAACAGAUCAUAUUAUCUUCAUGUACCAGGUGGAACGAACCAUUUAUCCAUUUACACUCGAUAAGCAAAUGGUAAUAGACUUAAAAGAGAAGUAUCUUCAUGAAAUAGUGAAGCAUGGUAAACCUACUGAAGCUUUAGAAGUAGUGGCAAUAGUUUUAGCAUACUUAAAAAUUGCGAUCAAGCGUUAUGUUGACGUUGUCUCUAUGACGAUAAUUCAUACUUUUAUUGAUGAAUUUAGUAAUCGCAUUGAAGAAAAACUAAUGGAAAUUUUUAUUCAUGAUAAAGAUAGAUCAAUCGAUGAUUUAAUUAGGGAAGAUGAUGGUAUAAAGUAUCAAAGAGAGGGAUUGUUAAAUCGUAAAAAGCUUUUAAGAGAG